AUGGGCUAUGAUAUGUCCAUCUACAUUUUUGGGGGCCUCGUCACCACAGGUCUGUUCGAAGUCGGGGGCGAUGUCGAUUUUGUUGGAAUUCUCGAUGUGGAGCCUGGCUUUGCGGAGGCGGGCGAAAUUCUCAGAAGAUGUUCGGCUGCUUUGCGCCGUCUUGGGCUGCGCUCCCGCGCAUACUCGAAAGCUCGCGUACCUGUCAUUAAGGCUGAUCGAGUAAGCCGUAGUCUUCCAGGCUCGCCGUUUCACAGUUUGUCUUGCGAUGGGGUUUUUCAAUUUAACAGACAAGUAAGUGGCGCUGAGGCAGAGAGUUUCAGAAACCGUGUCGAAUCAAAUUACAACGCGACGUCUGUCGAGUGGAAUAGCUCAUAUCAGUUUGCCACGGUGCAGUUUGCGACUACAUCCUCUCUCGUAUAUGGGCUUGCUAACCUGAAGGCGCAUAAUGAGGUGGAAAUUCCGCUUCGACUCCCUGUUAACGUGCGCUACGGCCCCGAAGUUUACAGAUUCCCGUUUGACUUCUGUCUUUCCUCAACGGGGCUGCGGAGUUCACAUUUACUUGGCGAGGCAUUGGCACAGUACCCAUAUUCGCGACAUUUGCUGCUAGUCCUGAAAAAGUGGGGUCGUGCAAGUGGUAUUAUUAACUCUAUCGACGGACUUUUAGCCAGCUAUGCACUGACAGUGAUGAUGGUGCAUUUCCUAUCCCUCGUACAGGCAAUCCCAAAGAUCACAGCUGCAAGGUUGAAUGAAGGGCCCAAGGCAUUGAAUCCCAACCCUGAGUAUCGUCCUCUCGAAGAGGCACGCCCGCACGCCAUGGCGGAGGUCGGCUAUUUGCUCGCAACAUUCCUCGAGUACUUCGGAUGUGCUUUUGAUUACCAACGAAGCGUUGUGUGUACGACAAAUAUGGGGUUAAUGAAAGCGACGAUGGAGUGGGACAGAGAGAACGGUGCAAUCGGGAAGCCUCCCUUUUUUCACUUUGCUAUCAAGGAUCCGUAUGGCUUGGAUAACAUUGCUCGCAAUCUGGACCUGGAGUCUGCAGUAUAUGUUCGGAAAGCUCACGAUCUGGCAGCGAAAACGGUGAUGGACGAGCUUAACGAUCCCACGUUCCUUGUUUCGGUCCUAACAAAAGACCCUCGAAAGCCUCCCCGCGUAGUGCGGACUCUAAGUGACCGUGGCAUUCACUCUGAAUCUAUCCCUUCAGACCAGUUGGAGGCUCGACAUGCCUUGAGCAAACUUCAGUUUCAACAGCGCAAGCGAUCUAUGGAGGACUUUGGCGAAAGAGCUGUGAGGAACAAAAAGAAUCAGAGUACCGCAGCUGAUGUCACAAAAAAUGUUCUGGGGUGGAUUCGGAACGAUGGUAUUUUGUAG